AUGAUGUGGGACGAGUGGGAAGAUAAGGGAAACAAUUUGGAACAGCAGCAACAGACCGAGGAAGAAUCAGAAUCCGGUGAAGAAUCGGAAGGGCAAGAAAAGGGGCAGCAGGACGAGGAAGAAGAUUCUUUCCUCAAGUUCGAUUUUUUAUCUGUUCUGCCUCAGCCUACUGAUUAUUACAGGAUAUUGGAAGUUGAUUAUGAUGCCACGGAAGAUGUUAUUCGAUCGAACUAUAUUCGUUUAGCUUUGAAAUGGCAUCCAGAUAAGCAAAAAGAUCAGGAUUAUGCUACUUCGAGAUUUCAGGAGAUAAAUGAGGCUUAUCAAGGUGUCUUGGUUAAAGAGAUAAAUAAGAAAUGGUCCUUGGUGAAGUGCAGUGAAUAUCUUUGUAUGCGUCCUUUGUCUUUUGAAGUGUUAUAUGCUGACAUUUUUAGUGUUAAAACACACCAGAAGAAGAAGGAAAGGACUGUUAGUUCUGUGAAUGAUAUGUAG